AUGGUUCCCGCCCCUAUCGACCCAUCAAUCACCGACGUGGCGGAGCCGCGGAAGGACACUCUCGGGCUCCCCGAAACCACAAAGGCAAGACUAACCAAGGCUGGAGUGGACUUAUCAAAUGGAUACCCGUACCGUCCUUCGCGGCCUCUUUACCUGGACGAUGCGUACAAUAUUCGCAACAAGGAGAGGGAAUAUGUUGACGCCGGCUCGAGGGCGGACAAGUCCAAGAAGCACCUGUUCAGCGCAGCGACAAAAGUUACAAACCUGACGGCCCACAUUGGGACAGAGAUUGAGGGUCUUCAGCUGAAGGACCUCACGCCCGAGCAAAAGGAUGAGCUUGCGUUGCUCAUUGCUGAGCGCAGUGUCGUCUUUUUUAGGGAUCAGAAUCUGUCGCCUCAGCAGCAAAAGGAGUUGGGAGAUUGGUAUGGUGAAGUUGAAGUCCAUCCUCAAGUUCCACAAGUACCUGGCGUUCUUGGUGUCACAGUAAUUUGGCCAGCUUUGAUGGCCACCGAGAGAAAAGCCAACUUCCGUAACCCCGGAGGCGCCUCCAAAUGGCACACCGACCUGGUCCACGAGCGUCAGCCAUCCGGCAUCACUCACUUGCACAACGACGCUGUCCCGCCCAUCGGUGGCGACACUCUCUGGGCCAGCGGCUACUCGGCAUACGAGAAGCUUUCGCCUGACUUCCGCAAGAUCAUUGACGGAAAGUACGCCGUCUACCGUUCUGCUCACACGUACCUUGACCGGAACGACCCCGAAGCUGGACCAAAGCACAUUGAGCGGGCGCACCCUCUUGUUCGCGUCCACCCUGCGACAGGAUGGAAGUCUCUCUAUGUAAAUCGGCUAUUUACGUCGCAUAUUAUUGGGCUGGAUAAGGCGGAGAGUGAUGCCAUUUUGAACUACCUCUUUGAUGUGUACGAGAAGAACGUGGAUAUUCAAGUCCGUUUCAAGUGGACUCCCAACACUAGUGCUCUCUGGGAUAACAGAAUCACUAUCCACAACGCCAGCUGGGAUUAUGAGGGUAAUCACCCUCGUCACGAAACUCGCGUGACUUCUCUUGCCGAGAAGCCGUACUUUGAUGCCGCUGCGCCUAGCCGACGUGAAGCGUUGGGCUUACUGGGACCGGAUGAGAAGGAGGAGCUAGGCAUUGAUGGGACAAUCAAGGGGCUGAAGGAUUUCUCCCUGUAG